AUGACACAAUCAAAGGAACCAGCAGGUGUUAUACCACUUCCUUUGCGUCCAGAAAUGCCAUUGACAUUAUCUUCAUUAUUCUCUCACCAAGACUAUGAUAAAGUUCGUCACAUCUAUGGAAAACAUAUAUUGGGAAUAACAAAGAGAGUUCUUCCAAUCCUUCUCCUUUGCUUUGUUUUGCCUCUUGGUGCUGUUUCUGCUGUUCCAUUCCUUCCAGUCUCUAAAAAUGUCCUUUUAGGAAUGUGUUUGGGUUGGGUUCUAACCUUUUUAACAAGUACUAUAGUUAUUGGUAUUAAAGUUUAUAAAUCUUUUAAUAUUAACCUAGAGACAUUAUUGAAUCAAGAGUUUGAAUCAAGAGGAUAUACUUUUGAGUAUGCGUUUGCUACCAAGAAAGGUAUUGCUGUAUACUGUGAUACUCCAUGUCCACCACCACAAUUACAACUACAACAAUCAUAUUCAAAGAGCAAUGAUAUGGUUACUCCAUGUCCACCACCACCUCAACAAUAUGUUGUACAGCAACAACAAUACCAAUACCAAAGUACUCCACAACAACAACAAUACCAACCAUAUCCUACCUCUGACAAUAAUAGUAAUAAUAGAAUGUAUAAUAAUAAUACAAGUAAUAUAGCAACCAAUGUAUAUGGGUUAUCUCUAAGUAAAGCUAGAGCAAUUUCACAUGUUGCAGCAGAAACUGAAUGUAAUCGAUUUCUAGUUGGAACAAAUGCACUUAAAGAGGAAAAUGAGAUAUGUUUAAUCGAAGCAAAAGAGAAUGAAGGAGUUAAAUUGGUGUCAUUAUUGAAUCAUCCAAAAGAGAUAUGGUCGAUUACUUCAUGUCUUCAUGAUGCACAACAGUUUUAUACUGUAUAUAACAACAAUGGAGCUGAAUAUAAAACAUCAUUGUGGAAGAUUGUCGAUGACAAGGCAAUUGAAGAGGUCUAUGAACUCAAAGGUCAUCAAGGAUACAUUAAACCAAUCAUUUGUGAUCCCUCUGAAUCAAAUGAUUAUGUUGUAUCUCUAGAUGACUCUACUAUUCGUAUUUGGUCAAAUUUAGAUUCAUCUGAACCAACUGUAUUAAAAUCGAUUGGAAAUCAAAAUAAAUUAUCAGGAGGUUGUAUUAAUCCAAAUAUUAGUAAUCAACUUGCAACUUGUAAUGAUGUAAAUAUUAAAGGUUGGGAUUUUAGAACUGCAAAGGAAACAUUUGCAAUUGAUAAAGCACAUAGUGAAUUAAUUAGAUCGAUUGAUUUUAAUCCAAAUAGAGCAUAUUAUUUAUUAUCGGCUGGCGAAGAUGGUAAAUUAAAGUUUUGGGAUACAAGACAAACCAAAACACCUGUCAAAUCAUUUAGUGGACACCAACAUUGGAUUUGGAAUGCCAAAUAUAAUCCAGUACACGAUCAAUUGGUUAUUACCAGUUCUAGCGAUAAUACUGUAAAAUUGUGGAAUGUCUAUUCUAUAUCUGAAGCUGCUGCUGCCGCUGCCGCUGCACCUGAAGAUGGUACACCAAAACCAGUUGCAACAAACACAGGUGGUAAAAAGAACAAACGUAAAGAAGAUCAACUCAUCAAAACAUUUGAAGAACAUGAAGAUAGUGUCUAUAAUAAUUGUAAUUAA